AUUUCUGGUUAUACCUGGGCAGAUGCCGGCAGACUCAGCACUCGUACGAAGCAGCAGAGUAUACACCGUCGUUCAAAGCCUCGCUGCAACGAAGGGCUAGUGAGGCAGCGGUGAAUCAAUAGCUGAUGAAGAUAAGUCGAUUAACACGCACCGAUCCUGAUUGCUGAACGUCUUGUAUCUGGAAGUUGAGAGAUUCACGAUCAAGACGUGAAUCUCUCAAGACAAGUCAGUGUAAACUGUGAAAUGAGAAAGAGCUCACGAAUCAAUGCAGUACGACUUGUUUUUGUGGCGCAGUGUAGAACUACACGGUUCUUCCUUUUUUUGACUGUGAUGUCUUAGACCACGUUUUUUGCAGUAUUACGAGUUGUCGCAUGUCAGGGGCUACGAGUUACGUACUCCAUGAUAACGUGAACUCUUAAAAAGACUUGCUGUGCUUGCCCCAACGCCACUCUCAAGUUCGUUAUCUUUGUCGCCUCUCCAAAUAUUGUGCCACAGUCAUGCAGCCAGGAAUUUACACAUUCAUAAAUCGCCAGAGCGGUACAGCAAUGGCCCUGAACAAACAUGACUACACGUGUGUCGUCGGCUCUCCACCUUGUGAUGAUUCUAUCCAAAAGUGGGAAAUAGCACCUUCUGGAGCAGGAUAUACCAUCCGAAAUAUGCAAACGGGGACUCACCUCUCUGUGAAAGGACUCAGUCGCAACACUGCCAUCUUUGCGGGGCAUUUUCCCGCAGCGUGGCAAAUUAUCGACGUGAAAGUGGAUGACGAAAACUCUGAAUUGGUUGAAAUACGCUGGCCGCAUACAGAAUACAUGUUUGAUUUGGCCGACUAUGGAAACUCAGCUCCUGGAACAAAGGUGCAGCUCAUGGACACUAAAAUAAGUCCCAUGUAUCAUCGUUGUAGAUUGUGGAAGCCUGUUUUCGUUCAACACACCCUUCACUCUGUUUUUCCGGAGCGUGUUGAAGACGACGCAUCAAGCACUACUACUAUAAACGCUGCUGAUGUGCCAGAGGGAGGGGAGCUCGUCUUGGUCACGACUACCACCACAAGAACAGUGGUAACAAAAGUCCCGAAAUACUGAAGUAGGGGUUUUAGGGUUUUGGGGCGAGCGCAAGCUUUGAGAGCCUAAUUAACUUAGAGAGGAGGUGUAGCGCCAACGACUGUCCGAGUUAAUCAAGUCCGACGGUAUCAGUGGAUAAGAUCCUGCGGAAGAAAUUCGCGUGACUCCCAUGUCCACCACUCCUGUCACUGUGCGCGUUGCCAUGGCCAAUGGCGCCGCAGUCCAGCUGCAUCAGGGACGAGAUGGACCGAGCUAAUAUGUUUCUUGGCAAGUAUCAGCGUGAAUUUGAAAGUGG